ACCCCAGAAAAAAAAAUGUCUGUGCAGGUGGCGGCUCCCGGAAGUGCGGGGCUGAAAAAAAAACGCCUGAGCCCUGAGGAGCUGGUACGGCAGACGCGGCAAAAAAAAAAGGGGCUGGAGGCGCUGCGGGCAGAGCACCGUGGCCUGGAAAAAAAAAUGGCAGAGGCCCUGGUGGGACAGGGCCCAGCGACUGGCAAAAAAAAACUGGAGGAAAAGCAGCAGGUGGUGAGCCACUCGCUGGAGGCCAUCGAGCUGGGGCUGGGCGAGGCCCAGGUGCAAAAAAAAAUGUCGGCACACGUGGGUGCACUGGAGGCAGAGAAGCAGAAAAAAAAAUCGCAGGCCCGGCGGCUGGCCCAGGAGAACGUGUGGCUGCGGGAGGAACUGGAGGAGACACAGCGGCGGCUUCGGGCCAGCGAGGAAAAAAAAACCCAGUUGGAGGAGGAAAAGCGCCACCUGGAGUUCCUGAAAAAAAAACGACAGUACGACCCGCCCACGGAGACCCAGCAGUCUGAGUCCCCGCCUCGCCGAAAAAAAAAAGCCUCCUUGUUCCCCAGCGAGGAGGAGGAGAGGAAAGGUCCUGAGGCCAAAAAAAAAGCAGCAGCUCAGCAGGGUGGCUAUGAGAUCCCUGCCCGAAAAAAAAACCUGCAUAACCUCGUGAUCCAGUACGCGGGGCAGGGCCGGUAUGAGGUGGCGGUGCCCCUGUGCCGCCAGGCCUUGGAGGACCUGAAAAAAAAAUCGGGCCACUGCCACCCUGACGUGGCCACCAUGCUCAAAAAAAAAAAGCUGGUGUACCGGGACCAGAACAAAAAAAAAGAAGCCACAGACCUCCUCCAUGAUGCCCUGCAGAUCCGAAAAAAAAAGCUGGGCCCUGAGCACCCUGCGGUGGCUGCCACGCUCAACAACUUGGCCGUCCUCUAAAAAAAAAACGGGCGUUACCGGGAGGCAGAGCCCCUGUGCCAGCGCGAAAAAAAAAUCCGAGAGAAGGUCCUAAAAAAAAACCACCCCGAUGUGGCCAAGCAGCUCAACAACCUGGCCCUGCUGUGCCAGAACCAGGGCAAGUUUGAGGAUGUGGAGCGGCACUACAAAAAAAAACUGAGCAUCUAUGAGGCACUGGGCGGGCCCCAUGACCCAAAAAAAAACAAGACCAAGAACAACCUGGCCUCAGCCUACCUGAAACAGAACAAAAAAAAAAAAGCGGAAGAGCUGUACAAAGAAAUCCUCCACAAGGAGAAAAAAAAAGCGCCUCUCGGUGAGCCCAACACAGGCACAGCUGGUGACACAGAACAGGCCCUUCGCCGCAAAAAAAAAAUCUCUAAGAUCCGCGAGUCUAUCCGGCGAGGAAGUGAGAAGCUGGUCUCCCGUCUCCGAGGCGAGGGGGCGGCGGGGGCGGCCGGAAAAAAAAAGAUCAGAAUGAAGAGAGCCAUGUCGCUCAACACACUGAAUGUGAAAAAAAAAAGGGCUCCUGGGACUCAGUUCCCCAGCUGGCACCUGGACAAGGCCCCUCGGACCCUCAGCGCCAGCACCCAGGACCUGAGUCCCCGCUAACAUCCAGUGACCUGUGUUGGCCUC